AUGUUUAACGGCGUGUUCUCAGAUUCAGCUGAGUAUAUCCCCAAACAAUCUGAGAAUGUUCCAGGGCGUAAUAAGCUCAAAAACUAUCUUUCACAUAUCGGAAUGUUACAACAUCAGGUCAACGACCGUCAGGAUAUGCUUAUCAAGCGGGACGCCAAAAUCCAAGAGUUGGAGACUAAACUGGCGGCAGCUGAUCAAAAAUUGAUCGAGUCCGGAGCGCGAGAAGCAAAGCUCCAGCAGGAGCUCGCCGAGCGGGACACCAAAAUUCAGAAGUUGGAGACCAAACUGGCGGCUGUGGAUCGUACUGACGAGCUGUCACACGACUUUUUCAAACAAGACGAAGAGGAAAUCAUCGCUCUCAACCAACACAUCAAGAAAAUCAGUGACGAACGGGACAAGUUAAACAAAAAGUACGCCGAUGUUGAAGCGGCCAAUGAAAAUCUCCUGGACACGAUUCGCACCCAGGAAUCGAGAAUCGCCAGAUUCCAGGCAGCGUUGAGGGAAUCGGUUAAUGAGAGCGAGGAGAUGACGAAGCAAAUAGCAGAGGUCCAGCUGAACUGUGAGAAGCAGAUGGAACAGAUCCAGAAGUUGGAGAGCACACUGAAGUUGAGUGACAGGAAUCACAAGGAGAGAGUGAAAGAUCUUAAGAAGAUCGCAGAGCCAACCCAUAUCUAUAUAGAGCUAGGGAAGCUUUACGUGGAGCUCCAGGAGGCGAAGAAGCCACAGGAGGCGGUCGGGGCUCAGUUGGCUGCUAAGGAAAAGGAAAUCGAGUAUCUCACGAAGCAACAUGAGGCGAAGCUGGCUGCUAAGGAUUCAGAAAUCCAAAAUCUGAAGGAGACUGUUAAAGAGGAAGAGGAGAAGAAGAAGCGUCUGAUGGUGACAAUUACCAACCUUCAGAUGAAAAUUAAGGUUUAUGAUUCUGAAGAGGCGGAGAAAAAUGCGGCGGCGGCGUUUUCGAUUCGACCGGGAAUGAACUUUGGGUAUGGAGAUCCUGAUGAGGAGUGGUAA